AGGAGAGUUAAGUUAGCGUUGAGACAAACAUUGGAUAAUUUGGCCUAAAAUCUAGUGAUUAAUUAGAUUAUUGACUAUAUUAUUAGUUUUGGGAUGAAUUUAAUGUUUUUUUAGUGAAAGUCAAAACACUGUUAUACACUGUUGUACUUUAACUGUGGAUAAUAUCAAAUAAUAUCAAAUAGACUGUGUGUUUGUAAAUAUCAAAACUAUCAUAGAGUGAGUAAUACUGUAUUAGUGUUAAUGCUAUUGAAUGUUAUGUUAUGGCAAUAGAGUGUCGACUCGUUUAGUCUCUCAAUAGACAGUCGACUGACUACUACUCGACACCAAAACCGGCAUUUUAUGUCUGACUUUCACAUAGUUUUUGACUCAGAUAUGACUGUUUAUCGCACAAAUGAUUCAUUAAAUUGACGACCAAAUUAAUCACCCGAAAUGGUCACCGAAAGUGAGUCUCAUCUUCAGCAACAACAACAACAACAAACACAAAGCCAUCAGACCGAUGGAAACGCAAGUUUCCUUCGCGCGGCCCGAGCCGGCAAUCUCGACAAAGUGCUUGAAUAUCUUAAGGGCAGUAUUGAUAUCAAUACCAGUAAUGCCAACGGACUCAAUGCUCUUCAUUUAGCAUCAAAGGAGGGACACGUCUCGGUGGUGAAUGAGCUGUUAAAAAGAGGCGCCAACGUUAAUGCCGCCACAAAAAAAGGUAUGAUUGAAUGGGUCUAUAUUUAUUGGUCUUUCAAUUAG